AUGGUUUUCGCAAGAUAUGGACAACCAGAGGUUGAUAUUGAAAAUGUUAAAUCUGAAGCUGAAGUAAACUCUUUUGAAAAAAGAGAUUCUUCAUAUGAGCAACAAAGACAUGAAAGCUCUUCAUCAGAUGAUCAAAGCUCAAUCAAAUCUACAGAAACUCAUUCAACACAUCGUACUUUAACCUCAAGAACGGUCAAUUUAAUUGCUCUUGGUGGUAGUAUUGGUACAGGUUUAUUUGUUACUAUUUCUUCAACUUUAAUGUACGGUGGUCCGUUGGGGUUAUUAUUGUCAUAUAUGAUAUGGUCAUUGACAACUUUUUGUGUCAUUGUUUCAAUUGGUGAAAUGGUUACCUACUUACCAAUUAAUGCUCCUUUUAUUCAAAUGGCCGGUCGUUGUGUUGAUGAAGCCUUUGAAGUUGUUACAGGAUUCAAUUAUUAUGUCAUGAUUAGUAUUUAUAUUCCUUUUGAAAUCACAGCUGUUAAUUCAAUGAUUCAUUUUUGGAGAGAUGAUUAUUCCCCAGCUAUUAGUUUCUGUAUUCAAAUCUUCAUUUAUACCGUUUUGAAUGUGUUUGCAGUCAAAUGGUUUGGUGAAUCUGAAUUUUACUUAACAAUAGGUAAGGUGGUAUUAGCUGUUGGUUUAAUCGUCUUUACUUUUGUUACAAUGGUUGGUGGUAAUCCUCAACAUGAUGCUUUUGGUUUCCGUAACUGGAACAACCCAGGACCAUUUGUUGAAUAUUUACACAAGGGUACUUUUGGUGAAUUUACCGGUUUUUUCAAUGCUUUGACAAGAGCUUGUUUCACAAUUGUUGGUCCAGAGUAUCUUGCAAUGGUUGCAGGUGAAACCGGUCAAGAAACUCGUAAAGUUUUAGCUUCAUCAUUCAGAACAGUUUUUUAUAGAAUGGCAGUCUUUUACAUUUUGGGUGCUUUAAGUGUUGGUAUUUUAUUAGCUUCAAAUGAUCCAACUUUGUUAAAAUUAGCUGGUACAGAUUCUGCUUCAAAUGGUAAUUUCUCACCUUAUGUUAUUGCAAUGAAAAAUAUGAAUAUUCAAGUUCUACCACAUAUUGUUAACGUACUCUGUGUCCUCUCAACAUUCAGUGCUGGUAAUUCAUAUGUGUAUUGUUCAUCAAGAGCUUUAUUAGCAAUGGCACAAAGAGGUUUUGCACCAAAGUUCUUUCAAUACUGUACUAAAGAUGGUGUUCCAAUUUUCUGUGUUGGUGUUGCAUUUUUAUUUUCAUUAUUAUCAUUAUUACAAUUAGGUGAUGGUGCAGCCAAAGUCUUGAACUGGAUCAUUAACGUCGUUACCAGUGCCCAAAUUGCCAAUUAUUUCUUCAUGACAAUUACUUAUAUUCAUUUCUGGAGAGCAUGUAACAAGCAAGGUUUAGACAGAUCGAAAUUUCUUUACAAAUCAUAUUUUCAACCUUAUACAACAAUUUUCCCUAUGAUCAUGACUGCUUUGAUGAUAAUUACUAUUGGUUAUGCUACUUUUAUUCCAGGUAAUUUUACAGCUGGUGGGUUCUUGACAAACUAUUUAAUGAUCUUAUUAGAUAUUGUUAUUUUCAUUGUUUAUAAAUUGGUUAAGAGAACAAAAUUUGUUAAACCUGAAGAAGCAGAUUUGGUUUCGGGACUUGAUGAAGUGACAGAACAUGAACGUCGUUACAUAGAGAGAAUGGAGAAGAGCAACAAAUACAAUGAGAAGCCAACUAUAUUACAAUCCAUUUAUGGAUGGAUUUUCUAG